GGGGGAGUAGCCAAUCCAAGGGAUAAAACGGUUUGACAGCAGCAAGUGGAGUCGUCUAUGUCUCUGGAGUUGGGGGGUAUAGAUUCAGCAUCCUCAGCAUCCUUCAAAAAAAUACUUAAACUAACUAGUUUUCAUUGACUGAAGCAAUCGGCUGAGACAUAUCUGUAUCACUCAUGGCAGCCUACAAAUUAGUGCUGAUUCGUCACGGAGAGAGCAACUGGAACCAGGAGAAUCGCUUCUGUGGGUGGUUUGAUGCAGAUCUGAGCGAAACAGGUGAAAAGGAGGCGAAGAGAGGAGGACAGGCCCUAAAAGAUGCUAGCUUUGAGUUUGACAUUUGCUACACCUCCGUGCUGAAGAGAGCCAUCAGGACACUGUGGCUGGUUUUGGACAGCAUUGACCAGAUGUGGGUGCCUGUUCAUCGGACAUGGCGGCUCAACGAGCGUCACUACGGAGGCCUGACGGGGCUAAAUAAGGCAGAGACUGCUGCCAAGCACGGAGAGGCUCAGGUGAAGGUCUGGAGGCGCUCAUUUGAUAUCCCACCUCCUCCCAUGGGUCCAGACCACGACUACUAUACUAUCAUCAGCAAGGAUCGUCGUUAUGCAGACCUGACUGACGACCAGCUUCCUUCCUGUGAGAGCCUUAAGGACACCAUUGCACGGGCGCUGCCCUUCUGGAACGAGGAGAUCGCCCCUCAGAUCAAGCAGGGAAAGCGGGUGCUGAUCGCCGCCCAUGGAAACAGUCUGAGAGGGAUCGUCAAGCACUUGGAGGGAAUGUCAGAUGAAGACAUCAUGGAGCUGAACCUGCCAACAGGGAUCCCUAUCCUUUAUGAGCUCGACAAAAACCUGAAGCCAGUGAAGCCAAUGCAAUUCCUUGGCGACGAGGAGACUGUACGCAAAGCCAUGGAGGCCGUUGCUGCUCAGGGAAAGGCCAAGAAGUGAAAAACACCAUGAAAGCUCCCUUUAUGUUCGAUGGAACAGGUUGUCCCUAACAGCUGGCCUUAGAUUAGUGUUUCCUCUAAAUUCUGAUUUAUUUUGAGUUGUAAUAUGUGAUGAAUAUACUGUAGUUUGCUGUCUGUUUGUACAGUACAGGGGAGCAGUAGACAGUAAAUGACUGAUAAACAUUAGAGCCAUGGAGCGCAUGACUUUCAAGAGAUUGUAAAUAUUUUUGCCUAAUUAUUACAUUAUAAUCUUAUAUUAUAACCUUUACAGUGCAAGUAUUGAAAGAGAAUUAGCAAUGCCGUCAAAAAAGACAAUAACUAGAAUAUGUAAUUUAUGUCCUUUUUCACUAAUGACAGAAUUAUAACACUUUGUUUUUGUUGUUACAUGAAACAGGUCUUUGGUUGUGACAUCGUUAAGCAAAUGGCUGUGAUAUCUGAAUGCCUUUAAAUAGUAAAAAAGCAGAGGAAAGACUAAAAUCCACGUAUCCAUUUUAUGCUGCAGGCAAUUCCAAGGUUAGCAAUACUAUUUACAUGAAGAGAUGAGGUCUCGGUUUGCCUCACAUACAAUACUGCUACUUUAUUUUGGUGAGAGACUAGCAGCGGUUAAGAAAUUAUACCUGUUUAGAUGGCAUUGUUAUUUCACUGGGUGACCUAGGAUACUGGGAUAUUGUAGGGUAUUAUAAAUUAAUUUAAAAUAUAGAUUUGCUGUAUUUUUUUUACAUAAAUAGUACCACCAAAGUGUACAGAAGUUAUUUUCUAGGUCAUUAAUUUCAUGCUUUUCACUAAUAACAGGAUGUAAUGUUACAAUCUCUUGAGAGCAGGAUGGGAUGAUAAGGAAAGGCUAACAGUCCUUUUCUCUUAUUUUGCUUGUCUAUGAUUGAAAUAUAUGCUGUCUCCUAUGUUGUUGCUGUCUGUGUUAUUUGUUGACAUUUUGAAUGGUGCUAUGCUGUGUGUUUUGCACCGUACAUGUGAUCAAUCCACUGUUUAGACAAUGAUAUUGUGACAAAUGAAUCAUAGGAAUAAAGAUAAAAGGUCUACAUUUA